AUGGCGGCGGCGUCGACAUCAGAAAUGGGAAAAAUGCUCAAGUCCCGCGUUGAAAUUGAUCCACGUUAUGGUCGUAGUCUGGUAACCACCGAUGCGGUUAGUAAGGGUGAAGUUGUUGUGGACGAACUACCCUUCGCAAUGGGUCCAAAAUCGGGCGGCAUCGUCUGUUUGGGUUGCUAUCAACCCUUGGCUUUUGGUGAUGAUGGCGAUUCAUUGGAUCGUUGUGACACCUGUGAUUGGCCGCUGUGCAGUGCCUGCCUCGAUUCACCGGUCCAUGAGGGUGAAUGUAAGAUUUUUGCCGAGGCUAAUGUCCGAUUUGCUGGUAAUGUUGGAGAAGAUGGUAUCUGUGCCCAAUUGGAUUGCAUAACACCUUUGAGAGUCCUUUUGGCCAAGGAGGCAUAUCCCGAACGCUGGGAAAAGGAGGUAGCUCCUAUGGAAUAUCAUGACAAGGAGCGACGUGCCAAUACCGAAAUAUGGCAUGCCGAUUUGGUGAAUAUUGCCCAAUAUCUACGGGGCCCGUGUAAAUUGGCUGAACGCUUUUCGGAAGAUCUAAUAAUGCAAGUCGUGGGAAUACUGGAGGUGAAUGCAUUUGAGGGUCGUACAUUACAGGGUCACACAUUUCGAGCGUUAUAUCCAAUAACGGGAAUACUAUCACACAAUUGUGUGCCGAAUACAAUGCGCAGUAUUUAUCCGAGUGAAGAUUAUAGAAUACGUUUACGUGCCAUGGUGGAUUUGGAACCGGGACAACAAUUGCAACAUUCAUAUAGUUAUACAUUGAAUGGUACUGCCCAGAGGCAGGAACACUUGAAGGCUGGCAAAUACUUUACAUGUGAUUGUAAACGCUGUAAAGAUCCCACGGAACUGGGUACCAAUUUCAGUACUUUCAAAUGCAGUAAAUGUGAAGAUGGCUGGCUGUUGUGUCGCGAUCCUUUGGAUACCCGCACCGAAUGGAAAUGUACCUUGUGUGAAUUUAAAACCUCAAAUGAUGCCGUGCAAAAAGCUCUCACCGUAAUACAAGCCGAAGUUGCCGAUGUUCAAGCUAUGCCCAUGUCCGGAGAACGUCUCCAAGAAACAGAAAAACUAUUAAAGAAAUAUCGUGUCGUUCUACAUCCCCUGCAUAAUAUACAAAUAUCGCUUAAACAAAAUCUCAUUGAAAUGUAUGGCCGAGUACAGGGUUAUGAAAUGGUUGAGCUGCCCGAUGUUCUGCUGGAACGUAAAGAAGAAAUUUGUCGUCAAGUAUUGAGGGUAUUAAAUGUAUUUGAACCGGGUUUGAGUAGAACAAAAGCAACAAUUCUCUAUGAGCUACAUGUACCGAUUGUAUUGUUGGCAAAAAGUGGUUUUAUAGCCGGUGUUUUGGGUGGUGAUAAAUUGAAAGAGAAACUGGAGGAGGCCAUAGCGGUGCUGAAGGAAUGUGUGGAAACAUUACAGCAUGAAGAUCAACAAUCACAUGAGGGUGUUUUGGGACUGGUGGCCAAACAGGCAAUGGAACAGUUAAUGCAAAGUGUUGAAGGUUUAGAAGGGGUUUAA